GAUCAUAAUCUAGCUGCAAAUCUCUGUCAACCCACAACCAUGUCGGAUCACAAGGUUACUAUAAUCGACGGCAAAGCAGUCGCCCAAACAAUCCGAUCGAAGAUCGCCGCCGAAGUCUGCCGCCUCUCUGAAACGUACAUCAAGGUUCCUGGUCUAGCUGUUAUGAUUGUAGGGCAAAGGAAGGAUUCACAGAGCUAUGUGAAUAUGAAAAGGAAAGCUUGUGCAGAAGUUGGAAUCAAGUCGAUUGAUUUGGACCUACUAGAGAAUGUAUCCGAAUCUGAAUUGAUUAGCAAAGUUCAUGAACUGAAUGUAAAUCCUGAUGUUCAUGGUAUACUGGGUCAGCUCCCGUUGCCUAAACAUAUAAACGAAGAGAAAAUUUUAACUGAGAUAUCCCUGGGAAAGGAUGUGGAUGGAUUUCACCCUCUGAACAUUGGUAAAUUAGCAAUGAAAGGCAGAGAUCCCUGUUUGUUCCUAAAUUCGUCACUUAUAUCUGUGUUUUUUUCUAAUAAACAUGGUUGCAUCGAGCUUCUAACCCGCCAUGGCAUUACUAUUAAGGGAAAGAAUGUUGUUGUGGUAGGUCGGAGUAACAUAGUUGGUUUGCCGGUUUCCCUGCUCCUCCUAAAGGAAGAUGCUACCGUCACUAUGGUCCAUUCUCGUACCAAAGAACCCGAGAGCAUUGUUCGAAAUGCUGACAUUAUUAUCGCUGCUGUAGGACAAGCAGCAAUGAUCAAGGGCAGUUGGAUCAAACCCGGUGCUGUUGUAAUUGAUGUGAGAACCAAUGUUGUGGAUGAUCCUAGUAAGAAAUCUGGUUAUCGGCUUGUUGGGGAUGUAGAUUUUCAGGAAGCAUGUAAGACGGCCGGAUGCAUCACUCCGAUUCCCGGUGGUGUCGGGCCGAUGACAGUUGCCAUGUUGCUAAAGAACACUUUGGAUGGAGCUAAGAGAGUAAUAGAGGGUUAGUGUCUCAUUUGCCAAACAUUAAUAAAACAUUUUGCGAUGUUAUACUGGGUGGAUUUCAUAGGUGUGGUAUACCUUGUCAAAAUACAGGGUGUGCGUAAA